GAGCUCCUGCGUACUUGGGAAACCACUUUAACUAGACAUCUACAUGUAAGCAUUCACUAGAUCAUGGCAAGUUCUUUCUUUACCAUCCAUAGAAAAAGCGUGUGCACCAGCAUAUACUCGUAUUAACUUUUUAUCACAUUAACAUGUGUAGUGAAACAGAUGGAUGAUUUAUUUAUCUAUCAGAUGCUGUUCGCUUGGUUGAACUUCGUACUGAUGGCGGCGGUGGUGUCCGGAGCUAGCGCAGCCAGCGUGGAGGUGCCACGGAUAUUCUGCGGCCGCAAGUUGGCCGACGCACGCGUAUUGUACUGCUACGGAUCGGACCCUAACCCGACCAAGAGACACGCUCUAUUCCCUGAACUACUUCGAGAUGUCCAGAUGCUGGGAGAGAUCGGAUAUAAACGUACGGCUUUUACUUAUCUAACUAUUUAUCUACGAGGUAAGAUCUCACGCAUAUUCUGCGGCUGCAAGCUAGCCGACACGCUCGUGUCGGACCCGGACCCUAACCCAACCAAGAGACACGCUCUAUUCCCCGAACUACUUCGAGACGUCUAGAUGCUGGGAGAAAUCGGAUAUAAACGUACGGCUAAUACUCAACUAACUAUUUAUCUACGAGGUAAGAUCAUGCGCAUAUUCUGCGGCCACAAGCUGACCGACACGCGCGUGUUGUACUGCUACGCAUCUAAGCCUAACCCGACCAAGGGACACGCUGUAUUCCCUAUCUCGCGCAUAUUCUGCGGCCGCCAGCUGGCCGACACGCUCGUGUUGUAUUGCAACUUAUCGGACCUUAACCCGACCAAGAGAUACGCUCUAUUCCCUGAACUACUUCUAGAUGUCCAGAUGCUGGGAGAGAUCACAUAUAAACCUUGGUCCAUCUUUAACAAUGCUCUUUCUCCGUGGCCCGCCCGUCAGGUAUCCGCUAAACACACAACAAACGCUCUGACUUCUCUACGCCCCAAGAGGAGUCCCGGCCUGGUCGACGAGUGCUGCCACAAGGCUUGCUACGUCAGCGAACUGAUGAGCUAUUGCUAGAAGCCAUCCCUAAUAUUAUAUUUUAUACUUGUAACAAUAAAAAAAUAUGUAGUGGCAAUGAAAUACUGCAGAUUAUUCGACAUUGCGAAAGCCAAUAUCUUAUUACACGACUAUUAAGUACUUGUAACAAUUAAAUAAAUGUAGCUUGGUUCUGUAAUGAUAUAGUUGUUAAGUCCCGAGGCUUAACUUAAAUAGAACCACAUUAUAUAUUUCUUAUAUUUUCAUGAAUACCAAUCAUAAAAAACAAUAAAAAAGUGGCGCUUUUGAUAAUAAUGAAAGUUCUUUGUAUGGUUAAAUAAAAGUUUUUAAGAACAAUAUUGACUACUCUGCGUGCCUAGUCGACCUAGUAAAAUUUAUCUCAGAAACCAUCUUUCAUUAUACUUCUAAUUCUUGUAACAACCAAAUAAACGUAGUGGUAAAUUCGUAAUGUAGUAUUUAUUUAUUUAUACCCAUGAAGUUAGAUAUAUAGUUUAUAAACCCGAAACUGGAUAAUAAUGUUUUAAUGACAGAGGGCUACCUCAAGGCUUGCUAUGUCAGUGAACCAAUGAGCCACUGCUAGAAGCCAUGUCUUCUCUCAUUACACAUUAAGUUCUUGUAAUAACUAAAUAAAUAAAGUGGUAAAUUUGUAAUGAUUAAUUUGACUUAUUAUAGACAAAAAAGAAAUAUAACCUAGCAUGUCACAUGCCUUUUUAUUUUAUUUUUUUAUUUUAUAUUUGCUGUUCAGUGUGAUAUGGUCAUGGCCCAGACCUGUGAGUCUCAUAAAUAUGUUCAUACUUGCUACGUUUUAUUUUUUAAAUCCUAAAAUUACAAGACAUUUUAUGAGAUAAAUGAACAAAGAUGAAAUUUAUGUUUUUUUUAAGCAUUGAACUGCUAGGUGUUUAAAUCUAAAGAAAAGAUAUACUAGAAAAAAAUCCACGCGGAC